AUGAAAAUUUAUUUUGUUUCACUAAGGAAAAAUUGGCAAGCAUUGACUGUCUCAUGUCACAAUUUGGUUCUUCGGCAAAAGAGUCAAAAUAUUCCAAUGUAUUUGGUUUAUCUGAAUAACAGGCAAUCCAGUGUUCACCAACUGUACCUUUACGCAUCGUAUUUGCUACAAAACAAAAAGGCUUUUGAGUUCCAAUAUUAGGAAUAUUAUUAGAAGAAAACACGCCAAUAAAUUUAUUAUUUAAAGGCUUGUACCGUUGUAAAAUAGUUUCAAUUUGAAGAGAAUUCAUCUUAAACAGAUCCAUC